AUGAAACUCUACCAUAAAGUCGGGGCCGGCCUGCUCUGCCUGGGCAGCCUCUUGCUCCUCUAUCUGUUGCAAGUUGCCAAAGAAAGCGGGCCGGCUCAUCUGGCCCAUUCCCCCUCCGGUCAGGUUUCCAAGACGCAGCAGGAGCCACGUCUCCCGAAAAAAAGCGGCCAGCGGAGCCCGGCCAGAGCGGGGAAGUUUGCAAACCUUCGGAAACCCGGGAAGCAACAACAUUUCAGAGCAGCGCCAGCUGAGCAGUGGAUGCAUCUGGCUGUUGUGGCAUGUGGAGGUCGCCUGGAGGAGACACUUAAUAUGCUAAAAUCCGUUGUGCUUUUCAGCUAUGGGAAGGUUCGAUUUCACAUCUUUGCCGAGGAUUCUCUAAUGCCCGAGUUUGAUAACAAGUUACGGCAGUGGCCUUCUUCAUACACAAAAAAGUUUGAACACAAUAUCUAUCCCAUCACUUUUUCAGUGGGAAAUGCUCAGGAAUGGAAGAAAUUAUUCAAACCCUGUGCUGCACAACGACUCUUUCUACCGGUGAUUUUAAAGGAUGUGGACUCUCUUCUCUACGUAGAUACCGAUGUUCUUUUUCUGAGGCCCUUAGAUGAUAUCUGGAGAUUCCUGAAGAAGUUCAAUUCCACCCAACUUGCUGCCAUGGCACCAGAGCAUGAAAUUCCGAAGAUUGGUUGGUAUAGCCGCUUUGCUCGUCACCCUUACUAUGGAAGUACUGGAGUGAAUUCAGGUGUCAUGUUAAUGAAUUUAACACGCAUAAGGAAUACCCAGUUUAAGAAUAGCAUGAUAGCAACGGGCUUGACGUGGGAGAAUAUGCUGUUUCCUCUGUACCAGAAAUACAAGAAUUUCAUCACAUGGGGAGACCAGGAUUUAUUAAAUAUUAUUUUUUACUUUAACCCAGAGUGUCUCUAUGUGUUUCCCUGCCAGUGGAACUACAGACCUGACCAUUGCAUGUAUGGAAGCAACUGUAAAGGAGCAGAAGAAGAAGGGAUAUCUGUUCUUCACGGCAACCGAGGUGUCUAUCAUGAUUCUAAACAGCCUACGUUCAAAGCACUCUAUGAAGUGAUGCGUGAUUUUCCCUUUGGAGACAAUCUCUUUCAAUCCAUGUAUUACCCUCUCCAGGAGAAGUUUUUGGAAAAUGUGCACACGUUAUGUGGAAGAAUUCCACAAGUUUUUCUGCAGCAGAUUGAAAAAACAAUGAAAAGAGUUUAUGAAAAACAUGUAAUUGUACAUGUCAGGUCCAAUAACAUUAAUUGA